AUUUGGCCUUGUUACUAAGAAGUACUAGGCCGUUCUGCGAACGACCGACUACACUGUUAGGUACUAUCCGGGGUAUUGCAGUCGUUCCUGAGGUCUGUAAAGUAGCAGGACGCUCUUAGCGAAGAACAUUACCGGAAGUACUUAACACCCAGUAUCUACGUCACAUUUGGCUGGAAUAUGGACCCUGUUUUUAACGACAACAAAAGAAAAAUGAAAACGAAAGUUGUUUUUGACAGACAUUAUUAUGGGCCCUGUAUGGAGGCAGAUCGACAUUCCGGUUGUUGGCCUUUAUAUCUUGUCAAAUGUACAUUUUACGGCGUAGUUUGUGUAUAUAUGCUUUGGUCAGCGCGGGAAAUAUCUAUCCUGAAACAAUACCAAGAGUUAUGCCAACAGGAGAGAGGACGAAGUAAUGAACCUGCACAAAAGACAAAAAUCGGAUCGAUGAAAGAGACUGAUUUACCCGGUAUGAUGGAUAAGGCAAUGCCUGACAAAUCACUUGAAGACAGCCUCCAGUUUCAUCGUAUAGCAAGGGCCGCAGAUCCUGGUAAAAGAAAAAAGAAAGCAAAGAAAGCUGGUAAGCGAUCCAAAUGUCCAAAAAAAUGUCGGAAAGGUCGCAGAGGUCCUAGGGGCCCACAAGGUCCACCGGGAUUACCAGGCACGGAGGGGCCGCCAGGUCAACGGGGAUCACCAGGGUCAGCAGGAAUACCAGGCAAAGAGGGGCCGCAAGGGAUAAGGGGAAUUUCAGGUGCGAAAGGUGACAAAGGAGACCCCGGUCUGUCGGUCGCGACUUUUGCAGCUCAUUACACCCCAGAGAGACCGCACCGAGAGCCUCAAAGUGUAGAUUCGAGUCGUUCAAAAUGUGAAGAGAAAUGGGGCGGGAACUAUUGUUUUAGCUCGUACACAUUCUACAGUAAAAUGAAAAUUAGGUCUCGAACUGAUAUUUUAGAACAAAAAUUAAAUCUAGAACUGAUAUUUUAA